GCAAAGUUUGUGUCUGUUAAUCUGAACAAAUCGUAUGGCCAGCCUUCUCAUCAUCACCACAACCCCCACCAUCCUCCGCAUCCUAGCUCCAACCGGUCCAGACCUGGCGGUGGAGGAAUGGUGGUCCUUUCGAGGCCUCGCAGUGCGCACAAGGCUGGGCCGAAGCUUUCUGUACCACCCCCCUUGAACCUGCCUUCGCUGCGGAAAGAGCAUGAGAGAUUUGAUUCCGCGGGCUCUGGUGGUGGCCCGGCUGGCGGAGGCGUGCCAGGGAGUGGGCCGAGGCCUAAUUCGGCAGGAAUGGGGUGGACCAAGCCCACCGCUGUUGCAUUGCAGGAGAAAGAAGGGCUUGGUGAUCAUGGAGCUGAUGGGAUUGAGCAGAGUAAUUUGCAUGGUAAUGACGGCACCGGAAGGGGGAACAGUGUUUAUAUGCCACCUUCAGCUCGCCCAGGUUCUGUGGGACCCAUUGCCACUGCUUCUGCUCCAGCUUAUCACUCAGUGGAGAAAGCCGUGCUAUUAAGGGGUGAGGAUUUCCCUUCUCUGCAGGCUGCUACUUUGCCUUCAGCAUCAGGGCCUUCACAGAAGCAAAAGGAUGGUUUGAAUCAGAAACAGAGGCAAGUGCGUGAUGAAUUGCUAAAUGAGCAGAGAGGAAGUACUCAUUCUAGUACGAUUGUUGACAUGCGCCCGCAGCUGCAGACAUCAGGUCAUGGUACAAGCAAUGUACUGAAUGAGAACGGGGGUGAGAGUCGGGGUUUUGGUGGUAAUAGAGCAUCAGAGCAAGCACAGAAGCAGGAUGACUACUUUCCCGGUCCGUUACCACUAGUUCGGUUGAAUCCGAGAUCAGAUUGGGCAGACGAUGAGCGCGAUACGGGUCAUGGUUUCACAGACCGAAGCAGAGACCAUGGGUUCUCCCAUACAGAAUCAUAUUGGGAUAGGGAUUUUGAUAUGCCGAGAAUUAGUGUUCUGCCACACAAGCCAGUUCAUAACCUUUCUGAGAGACAGGGUCUGCAUGACAAUGAAACUGGAAAGGUUUCUUCCAGUGAAGUCCCUAAGGUGGACCAAUAUGGUAGAGAUGUAAGAACACCAAGUAGAGAAGAAAGGGAAGGAAGCUCAUGGAGAACAGGUACUCUCUCAAGAGAUGGAAUUACUGAUCAAGUUGACAGAAAUGGUUUUGGUGCUAGGCCAUCGAGUCUAAACAGAGAAACAGCUAAGGAAAACAAGCACAAUCUGAUGCCUUUUCAAGAAGAUGCUCGAGAUAAUUUUGGUAGAAAUAAUGCAGGGUAUAACCAUGGAGGGAGACAACCUUGGAACAAUGCUAUGGAUUCACAUGCAAGCCGAGGGACUGAGUGGAAUAGACGAGACCGUUAUGGCAGUGAACAGCAGAACAGAUACAGAGGCGAUAAGCGUCCAUUCUCAAAGAGUGAAAAACCUUACGUGGAAGACUUUGGAAGUACAGAUUUUGACACCCGGGAUCCCUUCUCUGGUGGUCUUUUAGGUGUGGUUAAGAAGAAGAAGGACGUGACUAGACAAACUGAUUUCCAUGAUCCGGUUAGGGAAUCUUUCGAGGCUGAACUUGAGAGGGUUCAGAAAAUGCAAGAACAGGAGCGCCAGCGGAUCCUUGAUGAACAAGAAAAAGCUUUGGAGUUAGCCCGACGAGAAGAGGAGGAGAGAGCAAGGCUGGCAAAGGAACAUAUAGAGAGGCAGAGAAGGUUGGAAGAAGAAGCUAGGGAAGCAGCAUGGAGAGCAGAACAAGAACAACUUGAAGCCAUGCGAAGAGCUGAAGAGCAGAGAGUAGCCAGGGAAGAGGAGAAAAGGAGGUUGUUUAUGGAGGAAGAAAGGAGGAAACAUGCUGCUAAGCAGAAGCUUAUAGAAUUGGAGGAGAGGAUUGCCAAGAGGAAGGCUGAAACAGCAAAGGCUGGUGGUAAUUCUUUGGCUGUUGCAGAUGAAAACAUGUCUAGGAUGGUGAAAGACAAUGAUGUCUCAAGGGACGUUGGUGAGUGGGAGGAUGGUGAAAGAAUGGUGGAGAGGAUAACAGCCUCGGGAUCUUCUGAUUCAAGUUUAAACAGGUCCUUUGAGAUGGGUUCUAGGCCGCAUUUACCUAGAGAUAGUUCUGCUUUUGUGGAUGGGGGAAAACCUGUUAAUUCAUGGAGAAGAGAUGUGUAUGAGAAUGGGAACAACUCAACCUUACUUCUACAAGAUCAGGUCACCGGUCAUCAUAGUCCGAGAAGAGAUAGAGAUUUACCUGUUGGUGGGAGAACUCAGUCAAGGAAAGAGCACUAUGGAGGUGGUGGAUUGAUGCCUUCUAGGACUUAUCAUAAGGGAGGGGUUGCAGAAUCUCACAUUGAUGACAUUCCUAAUUUAAGGGGGCAGAGGUGGAACCUUUCAGGGAAUGUAGAUCAUUAUAGCAGAAACACGGAGAUUGAGUCUGAUUUCCAUGAUAACUUUGCUGAAAAGUUCAGUGAUGUGGGAUGGGGGCAGGGCCGGGUCCAUGACAAUCCUUAUUCUCCUUACCCUGAACCACUUUAUCCAAAUUCUGAUGCAGAUGGGCCUUAUUCCUUUGGUAGGUCACGGUAUUCUGUGAGGCAGCCUCGUGUCCUUCCACCGCCAUCCCUAGCUUCAAUUCACAGACCCUCCUACAGGGGUGAACCUGAUUGUCCUGGCCCCUCAGCUUUUACAGAAAAUGAGAUGCAGUAUAAUCAUGCAGCUAGAAGUGAAUCUACUGUGCAGACAGGUUAUGAUGGGAGUCGGCCAGAGAAUCUCGGACAACCUGAAAUCCUUGAAGUCAAACAAGAAAAUGCUGGGAAUAUGGAGCAAAAACUAGACUCCACUCGAAGGUGUGACUCACAGUCAUCUCUCUCUGUGUCUAGCCCCCCUAGUUCUCCAACUCCUCUUUCUCAUGAUGACUUGGAUGAAUCCAGAGAUUCUUCUGUUUUAUCUGCCCCAGGGGAUAGUAAAAAUGUUUCCCUUCCUGGUCAGGAGAACGAACCCCUUGUAUUACCUACCGAUCCUGGAAAGGACUCAAGUUCUGUCUCUGUUGGUGAUGAUGAGGAAUGGGCCGUUGAGAACCAUGAACAACAUCAGGAACAAGAGGAGUAUGAUGAGGAUGAAGAUGGAUACGAGGAAGAAGAUGAAGUGCAUGAGGAUAUGCAUUUAGAGGGGAAAGAGUCCCCUGAUAUGGACAACUUUGUUCUGUACUUAAAUGAAGGCGUUGAAGUUGGAAUGCCAAAUGAUGAAUAUGAUAGAACUUCAAGGAAUGAAGAAAGCACAUUUGUUGUACCUCAGGUUUCCUCUGGCACUGUUGAAGAGCAUGGGUCCUCUGAUGGAAUUCAUACUGGUGAAAAAACCCUUCAACAUAUGGAUGAUUCCUCUCAACUGGGUGUAGGUAGUUCUUCCAGAGUGUUCCUGGAAACUGAGAAGGCAAUGCAGAAUUUAAUUAUUCAGCCAAAUAAUGUCCCUCAUAAGACAGCUGGUCCUGAACGCGUGGAUUUUGUGGAUGCUUCUAGUUCUGGGUCAUCUUCCCAGCAUCAUGUUGCUUCUUCCAUUAGUCUUACCCCUCAACCGCUAUCUAGUCAGACUGUCAUGUCUACAGUAUCUGCAAUUCAAAAUCAGACGGAGGGACCUUUCAAGCUUCAAUUUGGGCUGUUUUCAGGUCCGUCUCUGAUACCAUCUCCAGUCCCAGCAAUACAAAUUGGUUCUAUACAGAUGCCUCUUCCUCUGCACCCUCAGGUUGGCCCUUCUCUUGCUCACAUGCACCUGUCACAGCCUCCUCUCUUCCAGUUUGGACAGCUAAGGUAUACAUCUCCUAUAUCCCAGGGUGUACUGCCAUUGGCUCCUCAAUCAAUGUCUUUUAUUCAGCCCAAUAUUCCUUCUGGUUUUUCUGUAAAUCAGAACCCAGGAGGUCAUCAGCCUAUUCAUUCUGGUCAAGGUAAUACUCAAACUAGGAAAAAUGAUGUUAUCUCACUUCCGACUGAUAAUCGUCAGGGCCUUGCUUCAAGGCACUUGGAUCCAUCUCAAGGGAAUGUAUCUGAAGGGGUAAAUCAUAAGGCAGCAGAUAAAAAUGCAGAAACCUCUGUUAUGGGGCAGCAGGGAGCAGCAAAAUCCUAUAUUGGCGACAGCAGUUCUAGGUCUGGGUCACUUUUCCAAGGGGAAGAUCAGGGACACGGUAAUUUGGUUGGGAAAAACUUCAGUCCUUUUUCUGGUAACAGGGAAUCUGAAAAUCAUUCUCAAAUUGGAGCAUCAUCAGCUCAGUCAAUUGUCAGAGGAAGAGAUAUAAGUGGGCCGAAGGCUCUUGACCUGCGUACUGAAUUUCGGGUUCGAGCAAGUGCUGACAAAAGGCAGUCUACUGGUUCAGUUUCAUCCAACCACGUUGGACAUGAAGUCAAAUAUGCUCCUGUAAGGGGUUUGGGACCUUCUGUGAGAAGUGGGCCUAGAAAGGUUGUCAUGUCUAAUAAACAUUCCAGACAAAUUUCAGUGUCAGAAGGCAUUAUCCCUGGUUCAAGUAGUUCACAAGAAAUAGAGUAUGGAAGCAGGACUGAAAAGGGUGUGGCAAAAGAUGCCUUGGCAAAGAGCCAUAAUUUCCCACAAUCUGGAGAGGGAAACCUUAAAAGACAUAUUCAUUCUGAAGAAGAUGUUUAUGCUCCUCUGCAAAGUGGAGUUGUGCGGGUUUUUGAGCAACCUGGCAUAGAGGCUCCUAGUGAUGAAGACGAUUUCAUUGAAGUGAGAUCAAAGAGGCAAAUGUUGAAUGAUCGACGCGAACAGAGAGAAAAAGAAAUCAAGGCAAAAUCUUGGGCGACAAAGGUUGUAGUGCCACGGAAACCACGUUCAACUCUGAAAGGUACCACUAUCGCUGCCAACUUGGGUAAGAAUUCUACAGUGGCAAAUGGAGAAGCAGGAAACAGCAUUCGCUCAGAUUUUGUUGCUACGGAGGGACAUGGAUUGGCAAAUACCGAAGUAUCAGCUGGAUUUAACACCACUGGCACUCAACCACUGGCUCCAAUUGGUACUCCAGCUGUGAAAAGUGAUGGCCAGGCUGAUAUCAGAUCCCAAACUAUGAGGUCCCUCCACGCAAGCUCCCUUCCUGUAGUAUCAGGUGGUGCAAAGAACCUUGGACGAGGCAUGAUUCUUGACAACAAGAAUAAGGUACCAGAUAAUGUUCGGUCACCUUUGGGCUCAUGGGGUAAUUCACAGUCUAAUCAACAGGUUAUGUCCUUGACACAGACCCAACUUGAUGAUGCUAUGAAGCCUGGGCACUUUGACUCUCGUGCUGCUGUUGAAUCUCUCACUACCUCAGUUUCCAGCAUGUCGUCUUCAUCCAUCUUGGCAAAGGAUAAAUUGUUUUCUUCUGCUGCAAAUCCAAUCAACUCCCUGCUUGCUGGCGAGAAAAUUCAAUUUGGCGCGGUCACAUCUCCAACUAUUCUACCAUCUACCACUGAGAAUGAUUGUAAUCUUCUCUUUGAGAAAGAAAAACACCCUACUGAGUCUAGUGGUCAGUUGGAAGACUCUGAAGCAGAAGCUGAAGCAGCUGCUUCAGCUGUUGCUGUUGCAGCUAUCAGUAGUGACGAAAUUGUUGGGAAUUUGGGUUCUUGCUCUGUCUCUGGUGCGGAUACAAAGAGUUUUGUUGGUGCUGGUAUUGAUGGCAUAACUGGAGGUGGAUCUGGUGAUCAGCAAUUAGCCAGUCAAUCAAGGGCUGAAGAGUCCCUCAGUGUUUCCCUUCCAGCGGAUCUAUCUGUAGAGACCCCACCAAUUUCACUAUGGCCACCUGUACCAAGUCCUCAGAAUCCUUCCGCCCAAAUGCUUCCACACUUUCCUGGUGGCCCACCUUCCCAUUUUCCCUUUUAUGAGAUGAAUCCCUUGAUGGGGGCUCCUGUUUUUGCUUAUGGACCUCCUGAUGAAUCUGCAUCGGCAAACCAAUCACAAUCCCAAAAGAACAAUGCGUCUCCUUCAGCUCCGCUUGGGACCUGGCAGCAAUGCCAUUCUGGGGUAGACUCAUUCUAUGGUCCUCCUGCAGGUUUUACUGGUCCUUUUAUCAGUCCUGCUGGAGGCAUACCAGGUGUUCAAGGGCCACCCCACAUGGUUGUUUAUAACCACUUCGCACCUGUUGGACAAUUUGGGCAAGUUGGCUUGAGUUUCAUGGGUACUACCUAUAUCCCAUCAGGAAAGCAGCCUGAUUGGAAGCACAACCCUGUAUCUUCAGCCAUGGGUGUGAGUGAAGUGGAGAUGAACAACAUGAAUAUGGUUUCUACACAGCGUAAUCCUACUAACAUGUCUGCUCCGGUCCAGCAUUUGGCACCUGGGUCACCACUACUUCCUAUGCCAUCACCUAUGGCCUUGUUUGAUGUUUCUCCUUUCCAGUCAUCUGCGGACAUGUCAGUUCAAGCUCGUUGGCCUCAUGUUCCUGCUGCACCUCCUCAGUCUGUUCCUCUGUCGAUGCCAUUGCAGCAACAGGGUGAUGGUAUGCACCCUUCAAAAUUUAGCCAGGGCCAUGGUCCUGUUGACCAAUCAUUAACUGGGAACAGGUUCCCCGAGUCUCGAGCUUCAGCAACUUUGGAUAAUAGCCGGAAUUUUCCUGUGGCGACAGAUGCUACUGUUGCCCGAUUUCCAGAUGAACUGGGGUUAGUAGGCCCUUCCAGCUCUGGCAGCACUGGGGCUUCAACACAGAGUGUUGGCACUAAGAGCUCAGCAAUAAGCACCAGCGGGGAUGGUAACAAGACACAGGUUGAUCCGAAUCUCAGUAGUAGCAGUGUUAGUGGACAUAACAACGCAAGUUCCAAUGUCAAAUCUCAGCCUUCUCAGCACAAGAAUCAGCAGUAUGGCCAUUCCUCAUAUUAUCAGAGAGGUGGAUCUCAGAAAAAUAGUUCAGGGGGCGAGUGGUCCCACCGAAGAAUGGGAUUCCAUGGAAGGAAUCAAUCUAUGGGUGCAGAAAAGAGCUUUCCAUCCAAGAUGAAGCAAGUAUAUGUGGCUAAACAGACCCCAAGUGGUAAUUAGGACGAGCUGCUUGGCUUUAAUUUCAUCUGCAAAGCAGUCGGGUUGCAGCACAUUUGUUCAGGAAUAAAGAAUUUUUGGUUGCUUUUUGCAGCAUCUGUUGCAUCAGUAGGUGCGUGUCUAGUAUUGAGAUUAAGAUUUUGUUCAGAUAUAUCUAUAGAUGUUAGCUAUGCUAGGUUUUCCCAGUGAAGGUUUUUGCAUAAAUGGAAAUGGGAUAUAGCAAGAGGGAGGGGGCAUGGAUAGUGGUUACUAGUAUUUAUUUCAGUUGCGGUCCAUUGGGUUUUCCUGUUUGAAUUGAACUGAACUCUUUGUUGGCUGCAAACUGAGUUGGGGUUUGAUGUAGUAGAAUGUUGUAUUCCAAUUUUAGUAAUAUAUGGCCCUCGAUGCUUCUUCAGAUGCUC